AUGUUUGGGAAGCCAACCGCCGACGACGAGGAGUCGCGCUCGCCCUCGUCGCUCAAGGCCGCGGACGUCAGAACCGACACCACGCCCGUCCCCGCCAGCAGCCACGGGGCGCUUCUCUCGUCACAGCCGGCCGACGGCGCCGGCCGCGGCAGGUACGGCAGCAUCUCCCACGGCGACGGCGACGGCGACAACGACCUCGUCACGGCGGCCGAGGAGCGCGACCUCAAGCGCGGGCUCGCGGAGCGGCACCUCUCCAUGAUUGGCAUCGCGGGCGCCAUCGGCACGGGCCUCUUCCUGGGCCUCGGCGGCGCGGUGCAGACGGGCGGCCCGCUCGGCGCGCUGCUCGGCUACGCGACCGUCGGGCUCGUCGUGUGCGCCGUGCAGUUUGCCCUCGGGGAGGUGUGCGCGCUCAUGCCCGUGACGGGGUCCUUUGUGCGGCACUCGGAGUUCCUCGUCGACCCGGCGUGGGGCUUCGCCGUCGGCUGGAACCUCGUGUACGGCAACCUGCUGUCCAUCCCCUCGGAAAUCACCGCCAUCUGCGUGCUCUUUGAGUUUUGGACAAAGCUCAACCCGUCCGUGUGGAUCAUCACCUUCAUCAUCCUGACCGUCGCCGUCGGCAUGUGCUUUGUGCAGGUCUUUGGCGAGGUCGAGUUCUUUUUUGCGCUGCUCAAGAUCCUGCUCGUCGUCUUCCUCGUCAUCCUCGGGCUCGUCAUCGACCUGGGCGGCGUGCCCGGCACGCCGGCACUGUACUUCAAGUACUGGAGCAAGCCGGGUCCCUUUGUCGAGUACCUCGCCAGCGGCCACUGGGGCAAGUUCCUCGGCUACUGGAGCGUCAUGACCUCGGCCGUCUUCUCCUUUGCCGGCGUCGAGUCGAUUGCCAUGGCGGGCGCCGAGACGCGCAACCCGCGCAAGGCCAUCCCCGCCGCGUGCAAGAACGUCUUCAUCCGCAUCGUGCUCUUCUACAUGCUCGCCAUCCUCAUCGUCGGCAUGCUCGUCGCCAGCGACGACCCGCGGCUCGAGGGCGGCGGCGACUCCGUCACCCAGAGCCCCUUUGUCAUUGCCGCCCAGGCCGCGCACCUGCCCGCCGUGCCGUCCGUCGUCAACGCCGUGCUCAUCUCGUCGGCGUGGUCCUCGUCCAACCAGGCGCUGCUCUCGGGCACGCGCGUGCUCUACGCGCUCGCCCUCAAGAAGCAGGCCCCCGCCGUCUUCCUCCGCACCACCUCCUGGGGCGUGCCCUACGCCUGCGUCGCCCUCUUCUCCGUCUUCAUGCUCCUCAGCUUCAUGAGCCUGUCGAGCGGCGCCCUCGCCGCCUUUUACUGGCUCAUCAGCCUCACGGCCGCCGGCGUCCUCGUCUCCUGGAUCGCCAUCCUCGUCAACCACAUCCGCCUGCGCAUGGCGCUGCGCGCCCAGGGCAUCCCGGCCACGCGCCUGCCCUGGCACAACGCCUGGACCCUGUACGCCUCGUGGUGGGCGCUCGGCAUGUGCGUCGUCAUCCUGCUGACGGCCGGCUUCAAGGUCUUCACAAAGGGCAACUGGAGCGCAGAGGCCUUUGUCUCCUCGUACCUCGACAUCCCGCUGGUCGCGGCCGCGUUUUUGAUCUGGAAGUUUGUGAAAAAGACAAAAGUGGUCAAGCUGUCCGAGAUACCGCUCCGCGCCGCGCUGGAGCAGGCCGAGCAAAAAGACGUCCACGACGAAGAGGAUGCAUCAUGA